AUGCCUGGAGGGGCUGGAGUUGAAAUAUGGGAGUUUAAAAAUGGUGUCUCUGGAGAACUUAGGCCUGGAGAGAAGGAUUGUGCCUAUUAUAUGCAAACGAGAACCUGUAAGUUUGGGGAGACCUGCAAAUUUGACCAUCCUGUUUGGGUUCCAGAAGGGGGAAUCCAAGAUUGGAAAGAGGUGCCCCCCGUGCCAAGCGAAGCCCUUCCUGAGAGACCCGGGGAGCCCGGUUGCCCUUACUUUCUCAAGACCCAACGAUGUAAGUUCGGUAUCAACUGCAAAUUCAACCACCCUAAAGAUAGAAUUGCACCUCCAGGUGCCACGGAGGAGGGUGAUGUAUCUAUCCUACCUGAGAGGCCAUCAGAGCCUCCAUGUACUUUCUACAUGAAGACUGGAAAAUGUAAAUUUGGUUCGACCUGCAAAUUUCACCACCCCAAAGGUGUACAAAUAUCAUCAGGAGAAGGAAAUGAGGUGCAGAACAAAAUAUUUGGAGGUAUAAAGACAUUGCAGGGAAUGAGGUUCGACCUGCAAAUUUCACCAAAGGCCUUCCCAUCAGACCGCUAUUGCUCCUUCUCUGCUGACGUCUCCUGCAACACACUACAACUUUGGCCUGGUUGCUCCGACUGCGUCUUUGACUCGGACAACGCUUGGACUUGGACUUGGACUUGGUCCAACUAUUUAUCCUCAGAGGCCUGGGAAAAUGAGUGUGAUGGUGCGAUACACUGCCCUUAUUACAUGAAGACCGGGACUUGCAAAUUCGGAGCAACAUGCAAGUUUGACCACCCACCCCCGGGUGAGGUGUUGACUAGUGCAACAUCUCAAGGGGUCUCAUCUUCCACUGUGGGUGAAGAGAAAGAAAAUGGUGCUGGUUAA